UUCACUUUUAAUGGGGUGAGAGAAGCAGAAGACGAGUGUCAAAACCCAGUAGUAACCCACAGAUACAAGCAAAUGGCAGCAAAGCUUCUGUUGCCUCCUUUAUCUUCGCAUCCUCUGCCUCCUCGAAAAUUCGAAGCCGGAGAGGGCACAAAUAAUCAAAUAUGGCUUGGAGGGCAUAAAUGUGUGAGAACCAAAAGGCUCGCAGUCCGUGUCUCUCUCCAUGAUUCUCUUGCAUCUUCAGUUUCGACUGCUGCUGAUAUGGUUCAUCAGCAUCAUCAUCAUCUCCAACACCUCCCUCUUUACUCUCUUGCAGAGAGCGUGGGUUAUUCCUUGGCCAGCUAUUACACUUCCCUAGGUCUCUUCGUCAUUUCUGUUCCGGGCCUAUGGUCUCUCAUCAAGCGUUCCGUAAAAUCCAAGAUUGUGCAGAAGACUUUCAUCAGGGAAGAAGAAGGGAAGAAAGCACCAAAUCAGAUUGCAGGAGAAAUUUUAUCUUACUUCACUCGCAACAAUUUUGUGGUGUCUGAUCGAGGAGAGACCAUAACGUUUGAAGGGAUGAUGAUUCCGAGCAGGGGCCAAGCCGCAUUGCUUACGUUCUGUACAUGUAUAAGUCUGGCAAGCGUUGGGCUUGUUCUAACUAUUACCGUUCCGGAGGUGGGAGACAAAUGGUACUACCUCACCAUUUUAAGCCCACUGGCAGGUGUAUACUAUUGGAAGCGAGCUUCAAGAAAAGAGCAGAUCAAGGUGAAGAUGAUGGUGGAUGAAAAGGGCAGCCUCUCUGAGAUCCUAGUCCAGGGAGAUGAUCAGCAGAUCGAGCAGAUGAGGAAGGACCUUCAGCUCAGCGAGAAAGGCAUGGUCUAUGUCAAAGGCAUCUUUGAGAGAUCAUGAUCAACGCUUCGCUUCCUUCGCU